AUGGCCUUCUCUAUUCAAGGCUCCAUUCUCACGUAUCGUUACGAAAAUGAGACGCUUCGAAUUGAGCCAUGGGGGCCCAACGCCAUUCGGGUACGAGCCACCCAAGAGCACGUCUUUCCACCAGAAGAUUGGGCACUCGAGGAGAGCCCUCCUCCAUCACCUGGCAGCAAUACAUCCAUCGGUGGCGACAACACGGGUGCCGUAGUCAACGGCAAGAUCGUGGCCCGAGUCUCCAGCCGCGGCAAGCUCAUGGUCUACAACCAAAAGGGGGACCUCAUCCUUGAGGAAUUCAUGCGCAGUCGCAUCGACCCGACGGACCCCAAGGCGAGCGCACUGAGCAUCGAAGCCCGCGAGUUUGUCCCCAGGCCGGGCUCCGAAUCGUGGCGUCUGACGGCACGCUUCGAGUCCCUCGACCCCAAAGAGAAGAUAUACGGCAUGGGCCAAUAUCAACAGCCGUAUCUGGACCUGAAGGGGACGGACAUUGAACUCGCCCAGCGGAACUCGCAGGCCAGCAUCCCCUUUUCAGUCUCCUCGCUUGGGUACGGGUUCUUGUGGAACAACCCCUCGGUGGGCCGCGCAGUCUUUGGCAAGAAUCAAACGACAUUCGAGGCCAUGUCAACACGUGCCCUGGAUUACUGGCUCGUGGCGGGCGACACGCCUGCGGAAAUCGUUCGGGCCUACACGGACGUGACAGGAAAGGUCCCCGAGAUGCCCGAGUACGGUCUCGGGUUCUGGCAGUGCAAAUUGCGGUACCAGACCCAGGAGGAGGUCUUGACUGUCGCCCGGAAACACGUCAAGGAGCUGGGUCUGCCAUUGGAUGUCCUCGUGAUCGACUUCUUCCACUGGCCCAAGGAAGGUGAAUGGAAGUUCGACCCUACUUUUUGGCCGGAUCCAGAUGCGAUGAUUGAAGAGCUCAAGUCUCUCAACAUCGAGCCCAUGGUGUCUAUUUGGCCCACUGUGGAUCGCGAGUCUGAGAAUUACCAGGAGAUGCUGGAAAAGGGCCUCCUCGUGCGCCAGGACCGCGGCGUCAUGGUGGCGAUGGAGUGGAACACGCUGUGCCGCCACUUUGAUGCUACCAAUCCAGAGGCCAGGGCGUAUGUCUGGUCCAAAGCCAAAGCCAACUACUAUGACAAAGGGAUCAGGACAUUCUGGCUUGAUGAGGCGGAGCCGGAGUAUACACAAUACCAGUUUGACAACUACCGCUACUACAAAGGCCCUGAUCUGAUGGUCGGCAAUUCGUUCCCUCGGUAUUACAGCCAGGGAUUCUACGAGGGGAUGAAGAAAGCCGGGCAGGAGAAGGUGGUCAAUUUGGUUAGAUGUGCCUGGGCAGGUAGUCAAAAGUACGGAGCUCUCCUCUGGUCUGGGGACAUUGCUAGCUCCUGGAGCAGCUACCGGAACCAGUUAGCAGCCGGCCUAAAUGCCGGCCUGGCUGGCAUCUCGUGGUGGACAACGGAUAUUGGUGGUUUCCAUGGCGGAGACCCAAACGACCCAGCCUUCCGCGAACUAUUGGUGCGUUGGUUCCAAUGGGGCGCGUUCUGCCCUGUAUUCCGCCUCCAUGGAGAUCGAGAGCCGAAGAAGCCCCAGCUCGGUAAUUCUGGGGGCAGCUGGUGCCUUUCCGGGGCAGACAAUGAGGUCUGGUCGUACGGUGAGGACGUCUUCCGCAUCUGCAAGGCUUAUAUCCAGCUACGCGAGAAGCUACGCGACUAUAUACGCAACCUGACGAGUGAGGCCCAUACUAAGGGUGAUCCUAUCAUAAGGCCGCUGUUCUACGAUUUUCCGGACGAUAAACAUGCAUGGGAAAUUGAAGAACAAUACAUGUUUGGUAGCAAGUAUUUGGUUGCCCCCAUUUUCCACCAUGGGGAGCGGGAAACAAAUGUAUAUCUACCAGCAGGAGCAACGUGGAGGCAAUUCGGCAACGAUGGGGAAACCGUUGGUGAUGCUAUCCAGGGCGGCCAAUCCUUGAAGGUCGCUUGUCCUUUGGAAUACAUGCCGGUUUUUGAACGCACAGAUCUGUAA